AUGGAAAAGACUGAGUGGCUUUUGCAAAAUUUAGAUAAACUCGAUGAGGAUCAGACAGUGGAAGCUUAUAAGCUGAUGGGGAAAACUCUAGUUUUACCUUUUUGUGCAACCUACGCAGUCUCUGUGAUGGCAUUCAGCAAGCUAGUGACCCCACGCAUUAUGAAAUGGCCUGCAUCCUUGCAUUUGGUGUUGAGAGUUUUAGUGCCUUUAUCGAUUGGAACUUAUUCUAUAGGAGUUUCAACUUAUUAUACACAUUCUAUGUACGAGAAAUUCUAUGAGGAUUUUAUUGCUAAACAAAAAGCUAAAAAUGAAGAAGGCAAUAUAAUAAGCUAA